AUGAUUAUUUUAUUAAUUUCAAUUUUAGUUACUCUAAUUAUUAGAACAGUAGUUAUAAUUCUUGCUUCUCUUUUAUCAAAAAAAACAAUUAUAGACCGAGAGAAAAAUUCCCCUUUUGAGUGUGGAUUUGACCCUAAAGGAUCCGCUCGUCUUCCUUUUUCGCUUCGUUUUUUCUUAAUUGCUGUUAUUUUUUUAAUCUUUGAUGUAGAGAUUACGCUUUUACUUCCUUUGGCUAUUAUUAUUAACUUUUCAAAUAUUUCAGCUUGAAUCCUCACAGGAUUCACUUUUAUUAUUAUUCUCCUUAUUGGGUUAUACCAUGAAUGAAAUCAAGGAGCCCUAGAAUGAGCUUAUU